AUGGUAUUAUGGCAAACUACUUGUAGAGUCUUGAUAUUUUUUCACUGCGUUUUUGCAUUUCGGCCUGAUAUACUGGUAGAGAAGGGAAACUAUUCCAACUUUCACGUCGUCAUCGAUGAGGAUGUCAAAGUCGAUACAUCGUUUUACAAUUCGCUGAAACAGUUCACCCAGCAAUUCGCUACGGCUCUGUAUGAAAGCACAGACAGGCAAAUUCGCCUAACAGAGAUCUUCCUGGAAUAUCCAAAGCAAAAUCCACCGACUGAAUUUCUCGACCCUAAGGUUACCCAGCUACCUGACCGAUAUCUCGUGCCGAUUAGAAUUGUCGAUUCUGAGCGAGAAAUUUGCGAAGCAAAGAAACCCACUCCCUGCGAAAUUCCCGGCGACCAAAUUAUUAUUUCGGAGAAAUUUAUUCGAAACUAUAAGAUCACCGAGCUAAAAACAGAAGAUGGCGCAAAGAAUUAUCAUCAAUGGAGGAUGAUUAAGAUUCUGCAAGAAUGGGCGAAGUUUAAAUGGGGAGUUUUUGACGAGCGCCCGAUUUAUAAUAAAACUUCAUACUUUGACAGAUUUUACGAAGAGAAAAACACACAAUGUACUGAAUCAAAUCCAACGAUUAUGUACUCCUCUAAUGAGGUUUAUUUUCCAAGUCGUAAGAAGAACACCGUCUCAUUUUGUACGGACGAAGAUCACGUGUCCAUAGCGCCAACUUCCCAGAAUAUGUUCUGCGAUCGUAAAUCAACUUGGCAAAUCCUCAAGAACCAACCCGAUUUUGCACAAAAGCUCGACGAUGAUCAGCUGAAAAAGCUGACGAUCCAACCAGUCAUCAGAGCUUCAAGAAAAAUCGUCAUUGUUUUCAAUGCAAUGCCUUUGAAUGGAGAUUCUGGCGAAAUUUUUGCACAAAUUUUGAGUUUUAUUCGGGUGCUUAUUUUUAUCGCUAAGAAUGAUGACUUCAGAAUUGGACUUAUUGCUAUGAGAGGCGAUGGAUUGAAGUCGUGGCCUAGCGGAAGAUAUACCGAUCUUCAGAAAAUUGACGAGCGCAAGAUGCAAGAGAUUCAUGAAUGGCUGCCGCUUGAAGUCGCUCCCUAUUCAUCGAAGUCCGACAUUCUACUUGAAAAUGCAACUAACGAUGCUAUUGACCAAAUCACUUCCUCGUUCGACGAUACAAUAAGAAAUGAAGACACGCGCGGCGAGGUGAUCAUUCUGGACCACGCAGAGCCUGGCGUUCGCUUUUCCUCCGUGAUGAGUGCAAUUGAGCCGAUGGUGGUGAACGGAUUGAUUCAAAUACAUAGAGUCGUCUUCGGAAGUGGGAAAAGACUGGGCGACGAUUGGUAUACCAACAUGGUCCAACUUUCAGGCGGGAAAGAGCUUGUUCUUCCGACGAAGCGAAGUAUCAAAGAAAACAAGAUUUCAGCGCUAGAAUUUGCCGUCGAUCUGGCAAAUGAUAAGUCUCGUAGCGCGAUGAACAUCCCCUUCAUCUCCAAUGAAGGGCAGAAAUACAAAUUCUCUCUAUCGACACCCAGAUCGGUCUAUUUAGUCGUUGGCUUCUCUCUCAAAGAUUCCGAUGGUUUCGUCAGAUCGAUGCCGAGGGAAGAACUUAUGAAUGCAUUUACAAUCAUGCGAGAACGACUCAUUACGCAAAUCAUUAUUCGGAACGAUGUUGGAUGGGAAAGAAUGCUUCUCCAUGAACCAAGUGAAAUCUUCGCUGGAUACGUUACCAAAGAGUUUCAGCUAGAAAUUGGUGACUACGAAGUUGACGUUUCUAAAUCCGCAUUAUACCUGGAAAACAAUUUUAUUGAACGUCUUCUAGUGGAUUGUAAGAUCAUUGCCAAAUCAUCAUCAUCGGAUCCAGUGGUCAAGCUGAUCACCCAUCGUUUAUCUGACAAUCGAGUCUUCAUGACCGCAUCAUUCGCGAAUAUCCAGCCACUAAAGGUCGUUGCAGAGAUUUUUUCCAAUCAAGUCAAUGCGUCCUAUCUAUAUCGAGAAGAAAUACAGCUCCUCGACGAUGGAAAAAUCUCUGAUUUGUAUAAAAACGAUACCUGGUUCACGGCAACUGCUGAGCCCUUCCCCUGUCCGAAUGUUAUCCAGCGUCCAUCAAGAUACGGACUCGAGAUAAAGUGUACAACAGGACUGAUAAUAAAGCUGACGGCAGAAUCAGAGAACGAAAAGAUAGAAAAGCACAGUACUCUUUCUUUACAAGACGUGAAGCCUGACUGUAAAGGAUUUGUAAUUGAAAGACAAUGCUUACAAUUCACAAAACAGCGGAUGAAGUUUGCUUAUCCAGGGGCAAAAUGUGGCUAUGGCAGAUAUUUAACAUACAAUGAAGCUUUUCGACUCCCAUCAACUGCAUUUGGAGCCAAUGGAAAUAGAAUAUGGCUUGAGAAAGAAGGAAGUCAAUGCUUUAUUCUCAGCUCAAAUGAACCAAGAAAAGCUGACUGCGACGAAAUCGCCGAUGGUUUCUAUUGUGUAACACCACUUUCAUCUAGUUUCGCUCUUGGUCACGUGCGAGGAGUUCGAGUACAAGAGAACGAAGACGAAUAUCAAGUAUCUUGGGAGCACUCGGAGGAUGCGACUACAAGAAUGAGCUACAAGAUUUUGCAUGUGGAAAUCAAGAAAACGAACGAUGAAAUGAUCUGCCCGCCGCAUGCACCACUCAAUAUUCUUUUUGACCUCGAAGAAAUCGACUAUAAUCAUGUGAUUGACAUCAAAACGCACCUUCUAUUAUUCCGCGAAAAAUAUUUCAAUGCUCAAGAAAGAAACAACAUCCUCCGAGUUCGACAACGGUCGCUUCUAGCUGAUGAUGAACCUAAUGAUCUGCAGUUUCAUUUUCACAUCGAUUCCAUUCCCAAAAAGGAUAUUUACAGGAGAAAUUUUCUGGUUCAGCUAAAGCUUGGCGAAAAAUCAACGAAAUACACAGAGGAAGAAGUUUUUAGCAGAAAAGGAAUUCAGUUUUCUGGUUCAACAGAAAUAACGCUGAAUGUUUCGUUCGAACAAAGAUCGAAGAACAACUUUGUCGUGAAAAAUUUCGAAGAAAAUCACAAAGGACUUAUUCAUUUCAUAUGCUCUUUGGUCAACACAAGUACCUGGCACAUAGCGAUCCAAGCUGAAGAUCACAACAAUAAUGUCUCCCCGUAUUCCCUCGGUCAUUUCAUAGAGAUGGAUCUUUUGAAGGUUGAAAUUCCAUCUGAAGAGCAACUCACUCACCUCGACGUGAAACCCGGAAGAGGAGGAUUCAAACAAAUUGUUGCUGUUCUCGUUAAUUUCACGACAACGACUGUUGGCAUUGCAAUUAUUGGGUCUCUUAGUGGACUUUUGUUUUUAAUAGGAUGCAUCAAGUGCAUAAGAUUUUGCUGUUGCACUGCUCCCAAGAAUAAGAAGCCAGGAAAGCAAUCAGAAAUGUCCAAAGACUCCGAAGAAUCAGCAAGUGGCUCUGACAGAAGAUCACAUAAAUUUGUAGCCAGUAAAAGAGAAGUGUCAGCAAAAGCGCGAAAGGCUCAUUCUAAGAAGAACAAAUUUGUAGAAAAGAUGGAGACCCUGACUGAAACCGUUCGAAACAAUUCCACAAUCUCCAAGUUUCGUGCAGCAGCCCAACGAAACAUCAAUCAUAAUGCCAUCAAGCGACUGAUAAGUGCUAAGGCGGAGGCUAGAAACAAGUUCAAAGGAGCCUUUUCAAAUGUGCGAAUUAAUAAUUUGUAA